UCGGAAAUGCCACAGCCCCUCUUUACAUGCCAGAAACCGUGCACACGAGCACCGGCGCGGUCGAGACCGUGACAAACACAUUCUCAGGGGUGUCCGGUGUACUCUCCGAUACUGUAGUCAACACAACAGCCCAGUUAAUCGAGCCCCUAACACAAGUACUAGCGACUGGUGCCCAGGCGGGUGAGGUCGCCGCGGCUGGACUGGAUAGUAGCACACCCGCAGGAUUGGUCCGAAUAUUGCUGG